AUGAGCACUGCGACGACUCCACGCCAACAUCGCCCGCCAACGACGGCUGCCAGUACGCCCGGUAGCGGGGACUUCGCUUCGCCUUCUUUCUUCUCACCAUCAACCUCGACGAUGAUUGCAACGAGUGGGGCAACAGCAAGCAGUAGUCAGCAGGCGACUCCGGCCAUGUCUAAGACGUCUUCUGGGAUGGAACAGCCUUCUGGCUUUGAUCUUCCGCCUAUGCCUGUGCCGUAUGAAGAUUUCCACUUUUCCCUUGACCUCCCGGACAACCUUCAGGCAAGCGACCUCUCCCUGCUCCAGUCGUCCGAUUUUGAGACGCUCUUCGGCGGCUCUAGCGGCGCAGGCAGCAUGACGCCUUCGCUCGUGUCCUCGUCGGCCCUCUUUGGUACUGCGACGCCUGCGGUGCAUACACCUGCGGCCGCUACUGGCGGGCCGACGGGGAACACGCCGAUGGGCCAGACGGGUCAUGGAGGCGAAGAUUCAGUCAUGACGAGCACGCCGAGUGGCAGUGGCAGCCAACCUCCAGCUGGACCGCCGCAGCCGCCAACCGGUCCUCCUCCCCCGCCACCACAGGGAGAGGGAAUGUUCUCCUUCGACUCGCUCUUCGGCGGCGCCAAGAGCCCGACAGAGGCCUCUUCCUCGACACGACCUGGCCCCAGUAACACUAUGCCGGGCCUCGUCAUCUCCUCCAAUCCGAAUGCAUCCCAACCCUGGCCACCUUCAUCCUCAUCACAUCCUCAUCUCCAGCCGCAUCAUUACCAGCAUCAGCAGCCUCACCAGCAAUUUCCGACCGGGCACGGUGUGGGCGGUCCACCCUUCCCCGCUCCACCCCCGCCUCAACCUCUCUUCGAUACCCGCGAGACGGACUUCCUCUCGAGCUUCUUGGAGGGUUUUGAGCAAAACUGGGACUUCAACCCGGCCGGCAUGCCAGAGAACAUGCCCUCGUUCGCCAUUGCGGCCGCACAGCAUCACGCAAGAUACCCGAGUGGGCCAGGGUACGCAGCGAGCUCCAGCAGUGCGGAUGGGAGAACGCCUACGGGGCAAGCAGGAGGGUCGUCUUCGAACUCGUCCGGUGGACAGACCGUCACGAGUCCGAGAGAAGGGACGAUCAGUGGUAGGAGAAGAGGGAGGAGAGUGGGAACCGGCACGCACUCGUAUGGGCGAGGGGAGAGUACUACCCCUCCCGGAGGCGCAGCUUCGAUGGACGACGUAACCUCGAGCGCGGCCUUUGGAACUCAUCAUCUCGACGACAUGGAUGACGAGGACGAGGAUGGGUCCACGAGCUACGGCAAGGGACCAGGAGCAGGCGCACUAGGCAGCAAGCGCAGCCACGCCGCGCUCAAUGGGCGAAUAGGCGACGAGAAGAGGAGAGGAAGCCUCGCCAUUUCGCAGCAGCAAGCCGAGAGCAGUCUGCAGGGCAAUGGAGGAUUCAUGCCGCCCUCGGCUGCUUGGUCUGCCUUUUCGCAGCAGCAGCAGCAGCAGCACUCAUCGUCCCCCUCACGCCAUGCCCGUGCCCCUUCAUCAUCCGCAUCAGCAUCCGCCUCGGCUGCCGACCUCGCAAAGCGCGAGCUCCUCUCCGAGAAGGAGAAGCGUCAGAACCACAUCCUCUCGGAGCAACGUCGUCGCAACCACAUCCGUGAGGGCUUCACUGAGCUUGUCACCCUGCUCGACCUCGGCCGCCUCUACGGAGCGCGCGGGCUGGGGUUGAGCAGUGGUGCCGGCACGGGAAUCGAAGACGAAGGGCUGGAUGAUCGCACGGACGUGGAGAGCUGCGAGGAGGAGAGUGAUGAGGAGAUGCGAGCUGUCGCGCGGCAGAGAAGGAAGAAGGCGAGGCAGAAGAAGACGCAAGCUCUACAAGCUGCCAAGGCGGCGGCGCUCGCUGCGGCUGCUGCUGCUGGUGGGCCCGGGAGCUCUUCUGCCGCAGCGGCGGCGGCGGCGGCAUCGGCUGCUGCUUCUCGCGGCAAGGGCAAGGGAAGAGGAAGAGGCGGAUCGGCCGGCGGUGGCGCGGGAAGCAAGAGCGCAGUCCUGUUUCAAGCUGUGGAUCUUAUGCGAUGGUUGGCGGAGAAGAACGCAAAGGUGGAGGAGGAGUGCCGCUUGUUGGAGGAAGCGGCUGGAUCAGGGCCUGAGCCUAUUGAGGUGCCCGGCGCUCCCGGACCUACUCUGGAUGGUACAGGAGGAGCGGCCCAGGAAGAGGGGGAGAAGGCUGUGCCUGUGCAAGCUGCGGCGUAA